GUAUCCUCCUUCAAACCACACGCAGCAUUAGUUGCCGUUGCUGAAUGCAAAACCACUAGCUAGCUAGCAAGAAAAGACAGCCUUUUCAUCCUUCCCCACCUCUAUAAGAAUCCAUUUGCUUAUUCCUUGCCUUUCUUCAUCAAACGCUUAAGAGCUAGCGAGAGAGAAAUUAAGUAACAAACGCCAAGAAAGAUUCAAGGAGAUUAGUAUAUAUAUAUUCUGAGUUAUAAUGGCUGCAGUGGUGGAGGGAUGGGUGAGCGAGCUGGGGAAGCUGAAGGAGAAGGUUGGAGCCAAGAAGCAGCUUCUGUGGUCGUCGAAAAAGACGAAACAUGCUGAAGGAGGAGAUCAAGGUCAGGUUGAUCAGCAGCAACAGCCAGCUGCAGCUCAUGAAGGAGGUGUGAUAGAGACUACGGUAAAAGAGAGGAGGAACUCUUCUACGCUUUCUGAGGCCACUGUUUGUUUGCUCAUGGACCGUUUUGUUCCUUGGUGAUAGAUAUAAUAUGGUGUGUUGUAUCUAGUCGAUCUAGUUAAUCUAGUCUUGAAUCUGUACAUUUUCUGUGAUAUUACUUUUGUUUUAUGAAUCGUCAAUUUGCACUUCUUGUGCCCUUAAAUUGAGUGUCGAAUUGAGUA